AUGACGUCGUCUGCUAAACGCCGCCUGCAGGCGCUCAGCCAGCAGCUUGUGGAAGGGAUCCCGGAUGCUGGCACAUUUGAAGGAAUUCCACGAAUUCGUACUGUGGCUGGGGAUUCUGUUGGACAACGAGUUAAGGACAAGGUUGUUAUUGUGACCGGAGCAAACUCUCCCAUCGGAAUUGGACGAGCAAGUGCCCAUCAAUACGCCCGUAACGGCGCUGAAGCCGUCUACCUCUGCGACUACGAUGACACCUAUCUCCCCACACACAAACGAGAAAUCGAAUCUUUGUAUCCUGAUGUCGAAGUACAGAUUCGCCAAUUCGAUGCUGGAGAUGCCCCAUCAGUGAAAGCUGUUGUUGACGAUGCGAUUGCUCGUUAUGGACGGUUGGAUAUUAUGUUUGCUAAUGCCGGGAUAGUUGGGUCGACGAAGUUGUUUACGGAGAUUGAGCCGGAGGAUUUCAUGAAGACUUUGAAGACGAAUACGUUAGGGGUAUUUCUCGCUGCCAAAUACGCCGCUCCCGCCAUGCAAAUAACCUCUGUAUCCAAACCUUUCCCCUCUGGAUCCAUCAUCUGCACCGCAUCAGUUGCAGGCCUACGCUCCAACGCUGGUGGCACAGACUACUCCGCCUCCAAAGCCGCAGUCGUCAACAUCGCGCAGACAACAUGCUACCAACUCGCGGGUACGGGGGUUAGGGUCAACGCCAUCUGUCCCGGCGUGAUUGAGACGGGCAUGACCAAAGUCAUGUACGAUGCUGCGCGGGCGCGAGGCACGCAGGAUAAGAUCGGUCAACUUAACCCCUUGCGCAGAGGAGCGGUGGCAGAUGAAGUUGCGCGUGUGGCUCUGUUUUUGGGGAGUGAUGAGAGUAGCUAUAUGAAUGGACAGGCUGUGACGGAUGAGGCAGCAAAUAAACAGACGCGAAGAAGAAUUAUUGACGUGGUCGUAAGCGGGGAAACAUGUGACCUGCAGGCGGCACGUCAUUUUGUGUAUUUGUUCAGCGGGAAAGAAGCGGCCAGACUCUCGAGCUGCGUUUGGGCCGACAACACGCCUUCUCGCACUCAACGCUAUGUCGAGUACGCUUCAAGAGAGAAGACAGUCUAUGCAUUCACUCCCAACAUCGUUGCUCGUACACAAUACUCACCUCGACUCGCACGCUUUGAGUCUUUGAUUCCUUCCUUGCUCGUCUCGCCAUCCCUUCCCAUCACAUUCCUGAUCCUCGAGGAUUCGAGACGCACACCUCUUUACCAAAUCCUCGCUUCAGCCGUUUUGGCUUCUUGGCAGCUUCCUCUCAAAGACUCAAACCGAUCAACAUCUCGGCUCCCAUGA